UACAUGGGCAUGCAUGGACGGAAAGCCAAUACAAGGAUAAGAGUCGCACCUAUGACGUACUGACUCUGUGGACCUGCUCAUAUCGCUCUUACUCGUCGUAAACAUUCCGGAUGACGGUUUGGAGCAGUCCGGAAUAUAAUUAUUAACUUGCAAUAGGAUCGAUGGUGAGUCUUCCAUAAUUGCUACCAAGUCUCGCUGCUCUGUACCCAAGGAAGCAUCCGCCAGGAGGGUGUUCGUGGACAGCAUACCGUGCAUCGGGGAUCGAAUCUCGUUUCUCAUGUUCGCCAAAAACCGGAGAGUUAAGUUUGGACGCUUCCUCAUACUGAGGGAUAAGCCGGAAGUCCGCCUCACGGCGCCUGGUCAGAUCUCGUGUGAGCUGGGUGAAACCCACGAGGGUCCCUCCCUCAUAAGGGGAGGAAGAAGACGAAGGAGACCUGAGAUGGUGUCUAAGAAAUUCGGGGUUCCUGCUAGGCCCACGAGUCUUGAGGUUACGGGCGAAGAGACCUGUAACGAAGACGGCGAUGCAGAAGAGGAUACGGAUGCGGACGUGGAGGACGAGCAACACAUGAGAAACCCUGCUCCCCUCAUCAUGGGAAGACUCACCUCUAUCGCAAUUGGCAUGCCUGUCCGCUUUUCCUCAAGGAAGAGGAUGGAGACGGAGAUCAGCGUUGUUUCUGAGUCCGAGAUGAAUGUUGAUGAUGUUCUUGAGGAGUCUUGUAAUGUACAGUUGGAAGAGGAAGAACAUCAGGAGGAUCAGUCGUAAACGUUCCAACCCUAAACACAAUGGAGUCUAACGAAGAGCUGUCCUUGGUAAAGGCUGGUGAUAAGACUGAAUUGAACUUCGAGGCAAGUGUAUACUCGUGACGAGUGACGUUUCAAGGUGUGCUGAACAGUCACAGUUCAUUCCUGCAACGCCUACACCCGACCUCAAGUUAACCUUCGAUGGCGGUUUCGUGACUGUACACAGUAUCCUUCUGACCACGGCCUCCGCGUUCUUCGCUGCCGCUCUGAAACCCGCCUGGAGCGAACCCGGUCGAGGGAUACUUUGCGAGGUCGCCGUGGAGGACGAAAGAACCGCAG